CCUAGUUUAACUUAUUUGCAACUCCAACAUAAUGCCAUCGAUAAUUUUAUUCCCGAUUAUAUUAAUUGUAUGAAAAAAUUGAAUAAUUUAGAUUUGUCAGCCAACGGUAUUGGAAUCUUUAAAACGGACGACUUCCAUUACUUACCGUCGCUAAGAUACCUGUCGUUGCUUGAACAAAGAAACCCAAGACCACCUUUCACAAUACAAGAAAGGGCUUUCAACAACAGUCAUUUGAAAGAAUUAUAUCUUACCGGGAAUAUCUUGUCAUCUUCACACUUAUCGCCACAAGCAUUUGAUGGUUGUGUCAAUCUAAAAAUAUUGAGAUUAAUGUCAAAUUUUCUCGGCAGCGAUAUUGAUAUUUUAAAUAAAGCUCUUUCUUCAUUAACGUCUUUGGAGACAUUAGGCUUGGGGGCUAAUAGUCUGUUUUCCCUGCCAAAGGUUAUUGGAGAGAAACUUCAUAAAUUAAAAAUAUUGGAUGUCAAAUUUAAUAAAAUAAAAUCCUGGCCAGUGAAUUUCUUUAAGAACAACACACAGUUAUCCGAGAUAAACUUAAAACUAAAUGUUAUUCAAACAGUUACACGCGGAAUGUUUCCUGUACAACUAAGAAACAGUCUUAAAACGAUUAGACUUGACAAUAACCCGUUUAUUUGUAACUGUGACAUAUAUUGGUUUAUUCAAUGAAUUCGUAGCGAGAAACAUAAGUUUGUUGAUUAUCCAAAAGGUUACAGAUGUCUUAAUAUAACAGAGAAGAUAUGUCUGAAUAAUUCAGAGACCUACAAUGUUGUAACAAUUGUCAUAUGUGUUUUACUUUUAGUAAUUGUAUCGGCAUCAUUUGUGUAUAAAUAUAGAUGGCAUAUUAAAUACCAUAUUUACAUUUGGAGAUACAGACAAAUACAGUUAAUGCAUAUUGCAGAAAAACAAUUUGUUUACGAUGUUUUUGUGUCGUACUGUGUUGAAAACAGCAAUUGGGUAUUUGACAAUCUUGUUCAUCACUUAGAAGAGGAUGCCCACGUCAAACUAUGUAUCCAUGAAAGAGAUUUUCUGGGUGGAAAACUAAUCAUUGAUAAUAUUAUUCAACACAUGGAAAACAGUCGGAAAAUCUUAAUCAUUUUAUCAAAUGAAUUUGCUAGACGUCAGUGGUGCCAAUUUGAAAUGAGUUUAGCCCAGAAUUUGGUUUUAGAUAUGAGUAUUGAGUCAAUAGUUGUAGUAUUUGUAGAAGAGAUAGAGGCCAUUAAUAUGAGUAAAUCAUUACAUGCUCUGUUAAAAACUACAACUUACAUCACUUGGAACGGUGUAUUUUGGGAAAGACUAAAAGCGUCUAUCCUUACGUAACUUUAUGACCAGAGACCACUGUGCUGCAGCACGUAAAUCCCAUGUCUUCACCCGACUUUGGGUGUUGCUAUAAUUUUGUGCUUUCAAUGACACUGACGUGUUUGUAAAUAUUUCAAAUAGACAUACAAAAAAAACUAAUAAAGUGUAUGAUUUUAAUGAUAGUUAUUUCCCUUUAACCCCACCUAUGAAAUCCGCCAUAACCGCACUAUGACAGUUUGGUCUGGUUGGCGAGCGUGGUGUACCAGUGUUCCUCUUUGUCACACAGCUGUAUUAUUUAAAUGUAAUGAUUUGCAGGCGAUUAAUAAGUAGACCUUCCUUUUUUUAACUUAAAAAUCAUCAGCUAUGUGUAAAUAUUUACUUAUCCGUAAGGUAUUGAUGCAUGUUUGUACUUUUUGUUUAAAACUUUUUGAUGUUUUUUGUUUAAAACUUUUUGAUGUUUGUUCUUUUUGUUUAAAACUUUUUGAUGUUUGUGCUUUUUGUUUAAACCUUUUUGAUGUUUGUGCUUUUUUUGUACUAUAAAACCAUGUGAUGUUUGUGCUUUUUGUGAAACUAUUUGACGUUUGCGUGUGUUUUUAUAUUCAGGGCGAAUGAGGGGGUCGUAAUUUCCGGUUCGCCGUGUAAGAAACCACAAGGGUUACCAAACCCUAACCGAGAAUUCCCAAUUGAUGAAUACCCAGUUAACCCACGCAUAGAUGGAGGCAUAUAUCCGGUUAAAUUACCAAGCAAUACGGGAUAAAAUGUCUUUUAGCGUUUCUUUUGAAAUAAGAGGGAAAAUUCCCGAUAUAUAAUGAGUAUUCGGUAUGGAAAUGAAUUCGGUAUGAAUCAAGUUAAACUCACUCGCUUCGCUCGAAAAUUGAUCUGGGAUGCUGAAAGUUUGCCGCAAAGCUAGGCUUUGAAGCCUACUUUUUUUCAAAGAGCGUCAACAAGAUGAGUAGAAGCCGGGGCCCAUACCCUGGUGCAAGUGUGAGCUUGAGAGUAUAAGAUUCCAGUUACUGAUAUCUGGCAUGCUGACAUGUUAUGUAAAUUAUAUUAAUUCAUAGAAUGACUUGCAGUAGUUUGGUACCAUUAAAAUGUUGUUUUGUAUCCUACGUCAUUAGA